CGGCUUAGAGCUGGGACAGGGGUUCAGGAAGCAGGCUCUGGCUGGGUACCAAUUUAACUGAGAUUGUUUGUUUCUGGAUGGCGGAGCAGUGGGGUUAAGGCAGGCUUACUCCUGCCCUCGGCCUGCACCACUCCUGGAAGCAGCUGGCAUGUACAGCAAUGGCUCUAUGGUGCCAUGUUCUGCCCUUCAUCUACAUGUACUGAGCCCACAGCUUUUGCUGGCCACAAUUCCCCAUUACUGAUCAAUGGGAGCUGUAGGAGUGGUGUCUGCAGAAUAAGCUGGAUAUCAGAUAUCGUGGUGGUGGUCUCUCUGGAGAACAUUGAAACAAUGAAAUCUAUAAUUGAAAAAUAUGGCCACAAACGAAUUACGGUUGUAGAAGGUGGAGUGACUCGCCACCGGUCAAUUUUCAAUGGACUGAAAAUCUUUCUAAAUAGCAAGCUCUCCAGCUGUCCACUCCAGAAACCAGAAGUAGUGAUUAUCCAUGAUGCUGUGAGGCCAUUUGUUGAGGAAGAUAUUCUUCUUAAAGUUGUUUUGGCUGCUAAAGAACAUGGGGCAGCUGGAGCAAUCCGUCCUCUCGUCUCUACUGUUGUUGCUUCUUCUGUGGAUGGUUCCUUAGAUCAUUCACUAGAACGUGCUAGGUACAGAGCAAGUGAAAUGCCUCAGGCUUUCGUAUUUGAUAUUAUCUAUCAAGCAUAUAAUCAGUGUAGUGAUUAUGACUUGGAUUAUGGGACGGAAUGUUUGCAUUUGGCUCUAAAAUACUGUAAAACAAAUGCCAAACUUAUAGAGGGAUCACCUGACCUCUGGAAGGUGACCUACAAGAGGGAUCUAUAUGCUGCUGAAUCAAUUAUUAAAGACAAUCUAUCACAACAAGUUUGUGUUACCACUGAUAUGAAAGAAGAUUCUAUGCAAUUAGGUUUUCUUCUUCAUGAAACUCUGAAAAGUCAAGUAAAAGUUAAAGGAAUAUCAGUGUUUCUGUGCAAAAAUGAUAAUUGUCUGCAAAACAUCUUAAGACAGUGCUACAAUUUUAUUUGCAUAAAUGCUAAAAAAUCUUACUUUCAAGAAAUUCAGGAACUAGUGGAUAUAAUUGAAAAUGCAAGUAUUUCUGUCUUACAUCCAGUUGUUCUCAUUUCGGUCUAUUUGACUGCUUCAGAAAAUAUGUCUUUCAGCAAUGGAAUAGAAGAACUGGCUGGGAUAAAGGAAUUUGCAAGGGAAGUAGAAAAGAAAAAUGUUUUGGUUUAUGGUCUUCUCAUCCAUUACAUAAAGGAUGAUCCAAAGCUUCAGGAGACAAUCAAUUCUGCUGCUGCCAUUAUUUCUGCAUUAAUAAAGGAUAGAAACCCUGAGCUGAUUGGACAGGUGCUGGUAGCAUGAAUAAUAAAAUCAUUUGUAGCUAUCAGAAGUAUUUCUUUUUCAUCAUGUGUUUACCAACGUUCUUGAAACAUUUUACUUUGUGAUUCAAUCACUGGAUUUACAAAGUUUGCUAUUAGGAUCUUUUAUCAACAUAAAAUGUAAGUUUGACCUCAUGUUAAGAUGCAUGUGUAAAUGCAACAAGUUACGUUUUGAAGUGUUAUUAUGAAGUAUUAUUAUAUGUGAAGUACUAAUCAUUUCUAUAACUACAACUGGUGCUAUUCAGUCCUUUCAUAUCCAAAGUACUUGAUCUAAGCACAGCUCUCUCUUCAACCAGAUAACAUAUACGAUCUUAAAGCACAACUGGUGUUCUUUACUCAAAAUGAUUGAGGGAUUGAUCCUGCACUUACUAUUGGGUUUAGAGUGUAAUACAAGGUAUAAUCCCUUUGAAUUUAAUGAAAGUACCCUAAUAGAAGCCAUCACUAAGGCUUGACAUGGAUGGAGGUUCAUGGGACCAUAUGAGAAGUAGCCACUAUCUGUUGAAUAUUUCACAAGGUUUUUGUUCCAGUUGCAAUGAAGUCAAUGAGAAUUCCUAAGAAUGUUACAUAACCUACUCACAAAUUGGGGAAACACAAUUCCAAAAAAGCAUAAAGACUUGGGGUUCUGCUGCGAGGAGCAGUAGAGAAAUGUACAUUUUCAGCUAGUGCAGGGGUGGACAAUACAUUUUAAUGGGGGGCCACUCCAAGAUUUUGGUGAGUGGUCAAGGGCUGCACUUCUGUGGAAAGGGCAUGGGGUCUGGGACAGUGAGUGGGGUGUGGAAGGGAACUUGGGAUAGAGGCCUGGGGUGCAGGAGGGAGUGUGGGAUCUGAGAGGGAGUUUGGGUGAAGAAGAGUGUUGUGAUCUGGGGCAGGGGAUUGGGGUCCAGGAGGGGUUAUGGGUGCAAGAAAAGAUUCUAGCCUGGGGGAGGGUUAUAAGAGGGGGUGCAGGGUCUGGGAGGAAGUUGAGACCUGGGAGAAGGGAGGAAAAGUGGUGCAUGAAUUCCUGGCUAUGAAGCAUUAUCUCCAUGCCCCGCCCUUCCACCUGAUGCCACAACCACUCCCAGCCCAAUCCUUCUGGGCCGUGUGGAGAGCUGGGCUGCCAUGCUGUGGCCCCAACCCAGUCCUCCCUGGUGGCUGGGAGAAGCUGGGCUGCAGCACCGUGGCCCUUACCCUCCCCAGGGCCCGGGAAGAGCCGGGCUGCUACGCAGUGGCUCUAUCCCUCCCAGGUGACUAGGCUGCUGAGCUACACUGUCUUCCCCAGCGGCCGGACGGAGCCAGGCUGGUGUGCUGCAGCCCCAGCCUUCCCUGGUGAUGGGCCCAGUCUCAGGUGGUCAGGCACGUAGGCAGUUUUGGGAAGGUUAUGCCUUCGCUUGCCUACAUGACCAACCACCCACAGCUCCAGUAGCUGAAGCUCUGAGUGCUGGCGGCUCCCCGCCCCCACCUUGCCCCACUUCAGGGAUGAAAUUCACCACCCACAGCAUGCAGAGUGGGGAUGUGAGGGGAGCCAGCGGUGCUUGGGGCUUCAGCGGCUGAAUCCCUUAGCUCUGACAGCUCCUCCUCUGCCCCCUGCAGGCGAAAUAUGGGACAAUAUGUCCUUUUUUUUUUUUAAGUCAGGUCGGAGGGAGGAGGCCUUAUCUAUAGGACUGUCCUAGUAAGAACAGGGUGGAUGGUCACCCUAACCCAUGCAGUCUAGUCAAACAAAUGAGAAACUUGAGAGAUUACAUUAUUUGCAGUCACUUAAGAAUAAACAUUUCAAAUUCACUUCUGUCUGAUGCUAAUAAAUUGAGUUUGAUACAGAAAUUCAUCUGUCAGGUUUUCAAAAGAUGUGAUGUAAGUUACUAGCUAGAUUGCAAACAUGUAGAUUAUUAGAGUCCUCUUUCUUAUUUUUCUUAUUUUUCACUUAAGAUGUAGAAAGGCUCUAACACAAAAUAUACUACAUGUUUCCUCAGGACUAACAACCAAGCAAAGAAAAAAUCCUUUUUCUUUUACAUCUACAGUAAUUUUUGCCACUGUGCUUAUAUUCAAGCACUGGAGUCAGCAAACUAACUUCAUCAUUAUAAAAUAGUCUGUUAUGUCAAUUUCACUUUUUUCGGUUGUAAUUUUUUGCUCAGUUAAUUUAUUUUAAACACGUUUUGAAAAUUUCUCAUGCAAUAAACUCCUAUAAU